GAAGGAUUGCUAGAACAGCCAGAGGCCACUGGUGUACAGGAUGCUCCUCCUACUCUCUGACUUUUUUUCUUGUAGUUAUUUUGAGGCCCUGUGCCGUGGAAAGAGUCCUCCGGUGAGAGAGCAGUCUGGGCAAGUCGGUUUGUGUAACUGGGCAGAAUUAACACCUGAGCUGUUAAAGACCCUGCAUUCUCGGGUUGCCGGCAGACUGAUCAUCCAUGUAGAUGAGCUGGCCCAGAUGUGGAAGGCGCUGAAUCUUCCAACAGAUCUGUUUAAUAGUGUGAUGAACGUGGGUCACUUCAUGGAGGAGAUCGAGUGGCUGAAGUUUUUAGUCCUCGCUUGCAGCGCUCUGGGAGUUACCAUCACCAAAACUCUCAAGAUAGUGUGUGAGGUCUUAUCAUGUAACCAUGGGCCGCCCCAGAUACCUUUCAGCACAUUCCAGUUUCUCUACACGUAUAUUGCCGAAGUGGAUGGGGAGAUCUCUGCAUCACAUGUUAGCAGGAUGCUAAGCUACAUUGAACAGGAAAUAAUUGGUCCUAAUGGUAUCAUCACAGUGAAUGACUUUACCCAAAACCCUAGGGUUCGGCUGGAGUAAGAGCACAGUUUUGACAACUUUAAAGGAAGAUACAGAGAUGAUUGUACUUCAGAAUGACUGAAACCCAUAUACCCUCCAAAAUCAAUUUUCUUGUGCAACUGGUACACACGAAUAAACAAUUAAACAAACAU